AUGGUUGUCGUCGACCACCAUGAAUACCUCUGUGAGGAAGAGAAGCGUCUGAAGGAUGACCGCGAGCGCAAGAAAUACUGGAAGAAAUGGGGCCCGUAUGUGGCCGAGAGACAGUGGGCAACUGUCCGCGAGGACUACUCGGACAAUGGUGAUGCCUGGAGUCAUUUCUCCCACGACCAGGCAAGGUCCAGGGCUUAUCGCUGGGGCGAAGACGGCAUUGCAGGUGUCAGCGAUAGCCAUGGCCUGCAGAACGUGGCCUUUGCUUUCUGGAAUGAGAAGGAUGACUUCCUGAAGGAAAGACUGUUUGGCCUCAGCAAUCCGCAGGGGAAUCAUGGCGAAAGUGUUAAAGAAGCGCACUUCCACCUCGACAACACGCCUACUCAUUCAUACAUGAAAUACCUAUACAAGCUUCCGCAACGACGCUUCCCCUAUGAACAAUUGAUCGAGGAAAAUGCGAAGCGUGGUAAAGAAGAGCGCGAGUUCAAUAUCAUCGACUCAGACGCCUUCAAGGACGACCGAUACUUCGACAUCUUCAUUGAGACGGCCAAGGAGACGGAUGACCCUGAAGAGAUGCUGUUCCGGGUGACCGCCUACAACAGAGGCCCGGAGCCGGCGCCUCUGCACAUAAUUCCCCAUAUGUGGUUCAGGAAUACAUGGACUUGGGGCCAUGAAUCAGACAAGCUGAAACCCAACAUUCGCAUGGUCGGGCCAAUGACUGCCCAGUCAAAACACCAUAAGUUGGGAACCCGUUUCUUUCAACUGUCUCCUUCGCCCGGCUGCGGUCCAGAGGCCGAGGAUGUUCAUCCCCAACUCAUGUUCACGGAGAACGACACCAAUCACGAGAAGCUCUAUGGAGUCAAGAACAAGCAGCCAUAUGUCAAGGAUGCUUUUCACAGAUGGAUCGUGGAUGAAGAGAAAGGCGCCAUCAACCCUCGCUGCUCAGGAACAAAGUGUGCUGCUUGGUACGACUUUGGGCAGGGUGAGGGCGUGCCUCCCGGUGAAUGCGCUGUAGUCAGAUUUCGUCUCUCCCGCCGCUACGAUGGCUACCUCAACGAGGAGCUUCUGGACGACAUCAUGGAACAAAGGCGUCAGGAAGCCGACGAGUUCUAUUACCGGAUCAGCCCUCUCCCCAUGGCCGAUGAUCUUCGAAACAUCCAAAGGCAGGCCCUCUCCGGCAUGUUGUGGUGCAAGCAGCAUUAUCACUUUAUCUGGGAUCAAUGGGCGAAUGGUGACCCUAACAUGCCUCCACCGCCGCCCAACCGCAAGAAUAUCCGCAACAGUCAUUGGAAGCACAUGUACUUGGAUGACAUUCUCUCAAUGCCAGACUCAUGGGAGUAUCCGUUCUUCGCGGCCUGGGAUUCGGCGUUUCACUGCAUCCCACUUGCAAUGGUCGAUCCAGAGUUUGCAAAGAAGCAGCUCGAUCUGUUCACCAGAGAAUGGUACAUGCAUCCCAACGGACAGCUACCCGCAUACGAAUGGAAUUUUGGUGAUGUCAAUCCUCCCGUGCAUGCCUGGGCUGUUUUCAGGACGUUCAAAAUCGAGCGCAAGAUGUAUGGUCGGCAAGACCUCGACUUCCUCGAGAGAGUCUUCCAGAAGUUACUGCUCAACUUCACCUGGUGGGUGAACCGAAAGGACAACGACGGCAAGAAUGUGUUUGAAGGUGGCUUUCUGGGCCUAGACAACAUUGGCUUGUUCAAUCGAUCCGAGCCGCUGCCCACUGGUGGCGUGUUGGAGCAAGCAGACAGCACCGGUUGGAUGGCCUUCUAUUGUCUUUGCAUGCUCAACAUUUCCCUCGAACUAGCUAAACACCGGAGAACCUACGAGGACAUUGCGUCCAAAUUUUUCGAGCACUUUAUCUUGAUCUCGGAUGCCAUGACAUUCCGCGCUGGUGGAUCGGAGAAGAGUUUGUGGAACGACGAAGACGGCUUCUAUUAUGACGCGAUUUCUUGGGGAGGGCCGUGGUCUCAGCAGUUGCCCGUCCGCUCCCUAGUCGGACUGAUUCCACUCUAUGCAGUGAUGACGCUCGAGCCCGAGCUCAUCAACAAGUUCCCAAACUUCAAGCGACGGAUGAAUUGGUUCAUUGAAAACCGGCAUGACGUCGCGGAACGUAAUAUCGCGUCCAUGCGCAAGCGAGGCAAGGACGAACGUCUUCUCUUGUCAUUGGUCAGCAAGGAACGACUGGAAAAGAUACUGAAGAGAAUGCUCGAUGAGACCGAGUUUUUGUCCGAGCAUGGCAUUCGGAGCUUGUCCAAAUACCACGAAGAUCACCCUUAUAGCAUGGAUGUCAAUGGCCAACAGUUCAAGGUUGGCUAUGUCCCGGGAGACUCCGACUCUGGACUAUUCGGUGGCAACUCCAACUGGAGAGGUCCGAUCUGGAUCGCUGUGAAUUUUCUCCUGGUCGAAUCUCUACUUCGGUUCUACAUGUUCUAUGGCACCAGUCUUCAGAUUGAAUGUCCGACAGGAUCUGGUGAAUACAUGCACCUAGGCCACGUAGCGGAGGAGAUCCAGCAUCGCUUGCAACAUCUUAUGGUUCGAGACCAAGAUGGCCGCCGUGCCAUCAACGCUGGCAACGAUACGUUGGACUUUGACCCACACUGGAAAGACUAUCUGUGGUUCUUUGAAUUCUUUGAUGGCGACACCGGUAGAGGUCUGGGGGCCUCGCACCAGUGUGGCUGGACCGGGCUAAUGGCGAAGAUGAUUCAUGAUACAGGGAUCAACUGCCGUCUACCCCAGACGCCUCGAACACCCUCCACGGCUGCGGCGCAUUACUUUGACGACAUCCUUACUCGCGGUGUCACGAGAAAGAACACUUAUAUCGGGACUCCCGGUCCUGAUAGCCAUAAAUCCCCACGCAUGCGGCGCUCCUCGACCUCACGCUCGAUUGGCAACCGCAGCAGCAUCGCGUCGAGCAUCAACGGCGACCAGAAAUCCACCGCCACAGAUAGCGACGCGGGCGACAACGGUGAGAGGUCGUAUUUCACCCGCGAUCGAACUCAGUCGCAGGCUUCGGAGUCGGACGCUUUUGGUGAGGAGGACGUCCUUGAGAAAGAGCGUAGAAAGAGCGUUGCCGACAGCCACUACGACAAGUAUGUCAGCGAACAACUGAGUCGAAUGAAAACCGAUGAGAGUACCGCCGUCUAUGAAGACGAGUUUGAGGCUCAACUGGAUUAA